UGUUAUUUACGUUCCAUUUUAUUAUUACUUUAUAUUUAUAAAUAAAGAGACAUUGAAUUGGGGAGUGCAUACCCAACUCUAUAAUAGAUGCUUUGACUUUGAAUCUCAAUUGUGCUUCUCUUGUUCAGAUUCCAACAUUCUUGAGAGAAAGUUCAAAGAAAAUGGGUAGCAAUUUCAGAAGAAUUGGGAAAUUGGCUGCAAUUUCAUCCAAAAAUCAAAGUUGUAUGGGAUUUUCCUCAACAGUUAACAAAAAUGACACUUCCACCAAAUCUGUCAACCUUUUCUCUGCUAUUAAUCAAGCUCUUCACAUCGCUUUAGACUCUGAUCCUCGUUCUUAUGUAUUUGGAGAAGAUGUUGGUUUUGGUGGUGUCUUUCGUUGCACUACUGGGCUAGCUGACCGAUUUGGUAAACAGAGGGUCUUUAACACUCCUCUGUGUGAGCAGGGCAUAGUUGGAUUUGCGAUUGGUCUUGCUGCAAUGGACAAUCGAGCUGUAGCAGAAAUUCAAUUUGCAGAUUAUAUAUUUCCUGCUUUUGAUCAGAUUGUCAAUGAAGCUGCGAAAUUCAGAUACCGGAGUGGUAACCAGUUCAACUGCGGAGGUUUAACUAUAAGAGCACCUUAUGGAGCUGUUGGACAUGGUGGGCAUUACCACUCUCAAUCCCCUGAAUCUUUCUUCUGCCAUGUUCCUGGUAUAAAGGUGGUCAUCCCACGCAGUCCACAGCAAGCAAAAGGAUUGCUGUUGUCAAGCAUACGUGACCCAAAUCCAGUUGUUUUUUUUGAACCAAAGUUGCUUUACCGGAUGGCUGUUGAAGAAGUUCCUAAAGAUGAUUAUAUGUUGCCUCUAUCUGAGGCAGAGGUCCUCAGGGAAGGUACUGAUAUCACAUUAGUUGGUUGGGGAGCUCAGCUAUCUAUUAUGGAGCAGGCAUGUGUAGAAGCUGCAAAGGAGGGGAUCUCUUGUGAACUGAUAGACCUUAAAACUUUAAUACCUUGGGACAAGGAAACGGUAGAGGCCUCUGUCAAAAAGACAGGAAGGCUGCUGAUUAGUCAUGAAGCUCCUGUGACAGGUGGAUUUGGUGCUGAAAUAUCUGCAUCUAUAGUUGAACGUUGCUUCACGAGAUUAGAAGCUCCAGUGGCCAGAGUGUGUGGGUUAGAUACUCCUUUUCCUCUGGUGUUUGAGCCCUUCUACUUGCCUACAACGAACAAGAUACUGGAUGCAAUCAAAUCUACUGUGAGUUACUAGUGCUCAUUCAGUCGUGCAGAGAUGCUGGAGUGUUAUAGUAGUGAAUAUAUAUAUGUAUUGCCAUAGAUUAUGAUUCGGGGUUUCUCUAUUAACAUACAUAUAUAAAACACUGUUAUUAAUAGCUUAUGCAACCAAAAAAGGUCAUGUAUUUAUUUACUCCUCUGGCACUUGGCUCA